AGAAACGAACUCAGCUCCGAAUUAAGAAAAGCAACGCUUUCUCCACUCGUCUCAGGAGACAGACGUUUAAACGGGAAUCUCUGGUGUUGGGAAAAUGUAAAGAGGACCGAAGGCGAGCAGGCGUCUACGCAGGACAGUGGGCUCCGAGGACUGCCCCUCCCUCUGUAUCCUUGCCCGGUUGUCUGGAAUGAUUUAGCACUGACACCAGGCUCCCUGAUUGGCGCCACCACCUCUUUUAGCCAAGCCCGUUGCUGCGCCCGACACACCGUGGACCCCGGACAGCAGAGGCCCCGGGACCACCAAGCUGAUGGCGUCUUCGACCCCUUCUUCGUCCGCAGCCUCCUCGAACGCUGGAGCGGACCCCAAUACCACCAACCUGCGCCCCACAACAUAUGACACUUGGUGCGGCGUGGCCCAUGGAUGCACCAGAAAACUGGGGCUCAAGAUCUGCGGCUUCUUGCAAAGGACCAACAGCCUGGAAGAGAAGAGUCGUCUUGUGAGUGCCUUCAAGGAGAGGCAGUCCUCGAAGAACCUGCUUUCCUGUGAAAACAGUGACCGGGAUGCCCGCUUCCGGCGCACAGAGACCGACUUCUCCAACCUGUUUGCUCGAGAUCUGCUUCCAGCUAAGAAUGGGGAGGAGCAAACCGUGCAGUUCCUACUGGAAGUGGUGGACAUACUCCUCAACUAUGUCCGCAAGACAUUCGAUCGCUCCACCAAGGUGCUGGACUUCCAUCACCCACACCAGUUGCUGGAAGGCAUGGAGGGCUUCAAUUUGGAGCUCUCUGAUCACCCUGAGUCCCUGGAGCAGAUCCUGGUUGACUGCAGAGACACCCUGAAGUAUGGGGUUCGCACAGGUCAUCCUCGAUUUUUCAACCAGCUCUCCACUGGAUUGGAUAUCAUUGGCUUAGCUGGAGAAUGGCUGACUUCAACUGCCAAUACCAACAUGUUUACGUAUGAAAUUGCACCGGUGUUUGUUCUCAUGGAGCAAAUAACACUUAAGAAGAUGAGAGAGAUAGUGGGAUGGUCAAGUAAAGAUGGUGAUGGGAUAUUUUCUCCUGGGGGAGCCAUAUCCAACAUGUACAGCAUCAUGGCUGCUCGCUACAAGUACUUCCCGGAAGUUAAGACCAAGGGCAUGGCAGCUGUGCCCAAACUGGUGCUCUUCACCUCUGAACACAGUCACUAUUCCAUAAAGAAAGCUGGGGCUGCACUUGGCUUUGGAACCGACAAUGUGAUUUUGAUAAAGUGCAAUGAAAGAGGGAAGAUAAUUCCAGCUGAUUUAGAGACAAAAAUUCUUGAAGCCAAGCAAAAGGGAUAUGUUCCUCUUUAUGUCAAUGCCACCGCGGGCACAACUGUUUAUGGAGCUUUUGAUCCGAUACAGGAGAUUGCAGAUAUAUGUGAGAAGCAUAACCUUUGGCUACAUGUCGAUGCUGCCUGGGGUGGCGGGCUGCUCAUGUCCCGGAAGCACCGCCAUAAACUCAGUGGCAUAGAAAGGGCCAACUCAGUCACCUGGAACCCUCACAAGAUGAUGGGCGUGCUGUUGCAGUGCUCAGCCAUUCUUGUCAAGGAAAAGGGUAUACUCCAAGGAUGCAACCAGAUGUGUGCAGGGUACCUCUUCCAGCCAGACAAGCAGUAUGAUGUCUCCUACGACACAGGGGACAAGGCAAUUCAGUGCGGCCGCCACGUGGACAUCUUCAAGUUCUGGCUGAUGUGGAAAGCAAAGGGCACAGUGGGAUUUGAAAAUCAAAUCAACAAAUGUCUGGAACUGGCUGAAUAUCUUUAUGUCAAGAUUAAAAACAGAGAAGAAUUUGAGAUGGUUUUUGACGGGGAGCCUGAACAUACAAAUGUUUGUUUCUGGUAUAUUCCACAAAGCCUUAGGGGUGUUCCAGACAGCCCAGAGCGUCGGGAAAAACUUCAUAGGGUGGCUCCCAAAAUCAAAGCCCUGAUGAUGGAGUCAGGCACAACCAUGGUUGGCUACCAGCCUCAGGGGGAUAAAGCCAACUUCUUCCGGAUGGUCAUCUCCAACCCAGCUGCUACUCAGUCUGACAUCGACUUCCUCAUUGAGGAGAUAGAAAGACUGGGCCAAGAUCUGUAAACACCCUGUGCAGAGAAUGCAUUCAUGGGGAUCCCCUGUCCCUUCUGACACUCUAGAACAAACCUCUAUAAGUUGCUAAAACACAUAGACCAUUUCAUUGAAGGAAAAUACAAUAUCCUGAAGAAUACUGUUAAGACCUUACUUAAGCUUGUUUGUUAUAGUUAGCAGGAAAUAAUGUUCUUUCUAACAAGUUGCACAUUAGGAACACAGUAUAUAUGUACAGUUAUAUAUACCUCUAUAUAUAUGUAUAGUGAGUAUGACGUAGUAGUAGUUUACAGCAUGUCUCUCAAGAGAAUUCACUUCACUGCAGCAGUUCCUGAGGGGCUAAACACGCUGCAAGUCAGCUUGCCCAACCACCACGAGAAAGAUGCUUUCCAAAAUGCCAUGUCCUAGGGACUGAGGGACAUGCUACAGUGGUAGUUAACCUCGCUGUCAGUGUUCCUCCCACCUGAGUUACUGACUGAUGAGAACAAGCACUGGAUGACAAGAGUCACACCCUCCCCAUUAGUAUUCUUCUGUCAGGGGGAAGUAGUAGCAGAGUCAUUGUUACAGGUGUAUUAUUGCUGGAUUUUUAGAGAUUAAUUUGUGUAGAUGUGUAUAUUACUGUUGUCUGAUCUCGGAGGGGGGGAAACGUAAUGAUUUUAAUGAUUGUUUCAUUGUAGGUCAAUGAAAUAUUUGCUUAUUUAUAUUCAGAGAUUUACCAUGUUAAAGAGGUGUCUUGUAUUUUCCUCCCAUUUGUAAUGUAUCUUAUUUAUAUAUUAAUGAAAUAAGUUCUGAAUACUGUUUAUGGUAUUUUCGUGCAUUUGUGAGCCAAAGAGAAAAGUUUAAAAUUAGUGAGACUUGUAUUUAUAUUAGAGUGCCCUUAAAAUCUGAUUUAAGCAUAAAUUAACUGUCUGUAAGAGAAUUCUGAUACUGUCCAUAGAGUCAUAUGUAAGGAGGUCCUCAUACUUAAGUAGCAUCUGCUCUCCUGUUAUUCUGUCUGGCUGUGUGUCUGGUGUUCUCAAUGCUUUUCUAGUAACUGUUGGAUAAUAACUAGGUCUCCUGUAAUCUAGUAGUAGUUCAUGACCAAUCUCUGUGACUCGCUUAGCUGAAACCUAAGGCCAUGUUUCCGAAGACUUUCUGAAGAUCUCAGAUCAAUUGACCAGGCUCACACUGUUUUUAAAGAAAGGAACUUCACACUGUGCGUUUUAGAGUAUGCAAGAAGACUAUAAAUAAAUAAAAAUAUUCUCAAUGGAGAAUUUGAACAAAAUACUCUUCAGUUUGUGUUUCAUAUGGAGAAAGAUAUUUCCAGUUAUAGUUCCUUAGCUGGUG